AGGACUUAAUACCACAGAUAGGCAAAGGAGGCCCUCCCAUCUAGCUAUCUGGCCUGGGCUUCCUCCCACACUAGUUUUUUCAUCAAAUUCGGCUGGUAUUUGAAAUCCUGUAAUUUGUACGAAGUAGACACUGGGAUGAUGCAGAUGCACAGGUGUACACUGCAAUCCAGAGGCCCCAGGCCAGACUCUAGGAAACUCCAGGCUCCUUGGGGAGCUGCAGUGUCACAUAGGAGUAUGGCAAGGAGGAAGGGGAAAGAUAGCAAGGCAGGAGCUGAACUCUGCCGAGCAAGGCCUUCUUGCCGCUCACUGGGAUUUUGACAGUGAGAUUUUCAGAUACUGCUUCCCCCUGGUGGCAGCCAGCUGCUCUGCAACUUUGAGACCAUGUGAUUUCUGGGAAAAGGACCUCCCUGAAGGAGAACUGAAACUAAGGGUGGGGACUAUUGAAAGGGGCGGAGAGAUCACGGAGGCGCCUAUCCAGGAACUAAGCUUAGAUCCUGAAUACGGCCAUACCACCCUGAACGCGCCCGAUCUCGUCUAAGCUGAGGUCCUCUGAGUCCUGGAACAGCCUGGACAGCGGCUCUGAAUGGCAUCAGGCAGGGUGCGCUGCACCCGAAAACUCCGGAGCUGGGUGGUGGAGCAAGUGGAGAGUGGACAGUUCCCAGGGGUAUGUUGGGAUGAUGAAGAUAAGACCAUGUUCCGGAUUCCCUGGAAGCAUGCAGGCUUGGGCAACAUUUAAAAGAACAUACAAGGAAGGGGACACAGAAGGCCCUGCUGUCUGGAAGACUCGCCUACGCUGUGCCCUCAAUAAGAGCUCUGAGUUUGAAGAGGUUCCUGAGAGAAGCUGCAUGGAUGUUGCUGAGCCCUACAAGGUGUAUCGACUGCUGCCGCCAGGAACUUCCAAGCCAGGGAUCCAGAAAUCACAAUCAAAGCGACACCACAGUUGUGUGUCCCCUGAGAAGGAAGAGGAAGAGAGUACUUUGAAAAACUGUACACCCAGUCACUCCUUGCUUCAGGACCCCCUUGAUAAUGAGGAGGUGGGGGCUGAUGGAGGAGAAGGCCAUUCAGAUUGCAAGAGCAGCACCAGCAGCAGCAGCCACAGCCCUGAGCCGCAGGAAGGUACAGACGCAACUGAGGCCCCCUUUCAAGAGGAUCAGGUGUCCCUGGAGUUUCUGCCCCCUCCAGAGUCAGACUACUCGCUGCUGCUCACCUUCAUCUACGGCGGGCGUGUGGUGAGCAAGGUGCAAGUGCAGAGCCUGGACUGCCGCCUUGUGGCAGAGCCCUCCAGCUCAGAGAGCAGCAUGAAGCAGGUGGUGUUUCCCAAACCUGGCCCACUGGAGCCCACGCAGCGCCUGCUGAGUCAGCUUGAGAGAGGUGUCCUGGUGGCCAGCAACUCCCACGGCCUCUUCGUGCAGCGCCUUUGCCCCAUCCCCAUCUCCUGGAAUGCACCGCAGGCCCCGCCUGGGCCGGGGCCACAUCUGCUGCCUAGCAACAAGUGUGUGGAGCUCUUCAGGACCGCCUCCUUCUGCAGAGACUGGGUCAAUUACCUCCAGGGCCUGGGCCCCCAACCCAAGUUCCAGGUAACACUGAAUUUCUGGGAGGAAAUCCCUGAUACCAGCUAUACUGCACAGAAUCUUAUCACAGUGCAGAUGGAGCAGGCCUUUGCCCGACACUUACUGGAGGAGACUUCAGAGGAACAAGUAGCCACUCUGUCCCUGAUGUAGAGCCGAGGGGACCCACCUUCCACCUCAUCUCUCUGUUCUUCCUAUCUCCUUUGAAGUAGACUCAUUCUCCACCCUGUUGACUAAUCAGUUUCCUUUGUGAUAAUUUUAAAUGGUUAUCUGUGAUAGUUAUGUCCUUGAGCUCUUCACAUACACUGGCUGGUAACAAACUCAAGGAUAAUUUUUUUCUUUUUUUGUAAAAAAAAAAAAAAAAAUUCUUGAAGAUAAACUGUCUUUUAUUUCUGAGGAACUGGGAAAUUCCAAAUGGUAGGAACACAGGAGGCCUUUCACUCUUCCCCUGAUCCCAAGCUCUAAAGCCAAGCACUUUAUACUUUCCUCUUAGAUCUUUGCCAAGGAUUUAAAAUAAAAUGUUCAAGACCAACCUGA